AUGGCGAGCGUUCAGCAAGGAGAGAAACAGCUUUUUGAGAAGUUCUGGCGAGGAACCUUUAAAGCCGUGGCCACCCCGCGUCCAGAGAGCAUCAUUGUCGCCAGUAUCACGGCCCGCAAGCCGCUGCCAAGGACAGAACCCCAGAGCAGCCCCAUGGUCUCAGCUCAGGAUGGACCCUCGGAAAAGCUGAGCCAGCAUUUGGCCUCCAAGGUCUUGGGCACCAACAGCUGGGACAGAGGCAAAGCCUGCCGGGAGCCCAGUCCCACCAGAGCACGCAGUGCCUCCCGCAGCAAAGACUUGACGCCGCUACCUUCCUCCAGGGGGAAGAAAAAGAAGAAGAAAGCUACGCGGAAGAAGAGGAGGAGGUCCCCAUCUUAUAGCCCAUCACCUGUCAAGAAGAAGAAGAAGAAGAGUUCCAAGAAACAUAAGCGACACAGGUCAUUCUCCAAGAAGAGAAGGCACAGCUCCUCCAGCCCAAAAAGCAAAAGAAAGGAAGAGAAGAGGCACAAAAAACAAUCGCGAAGCCGGCCCCGAAAAUCUCGCCGCCACCGCCAUCACCACUGCCCCUCACGGUCCCAGAGCUCAGAGUCCCGCUCCUCAAGCUGCGACAGCAGGCACCGCGGCCGGUCCCCCGAGGGAGGGCGGAAGUCCCGUCGAAGGCACUCUCGCCGCUGCUCCAAGACCCUCUGCAAGGCCAGCCCAGAGGCCCGGUCCAGCCCCCAACCCAGCCAGCCCCUCCAGAUGCUCAGCUUCCUGUCAGCCAGGGGUGUAAUCACUGGGUCGGGGUCUGCUGCUGACCUCUUUACCAAAACAGCCAGCCCGCUCACCACCUCCCGAGGACGCUCCCAGGAGUAUGACUCAGGCAAUGACACCUCCUCGCCACCCUCCACCCAAAUCAGCUCAACCAGGUCUCGGGGUCAAGAGAAGGGGAGCCCCAGUGGGGGCCUGAGCAAGAGCCGGGACCCCAACAGUGGAAACACCUCUGAUUCAGGGAACUCCUUCACCACUUCCUCACCCCAGAACAAGGGGGCCACUUUGGAGAACCUCUCCCCCACCAGCAGGGGCAGAGAGUCAAGAGGAUUUCAGUCACCAUGUCUGGAAUGCACCGAGGUGAAGAAGUCCAAUUUGGUCCCAUCCACAGACCGGAGAUCCCCCAUGAGAGGGUGCUCCCGAAGCUCCUCCUACGCCAGCACACGCUCCUCCAGCCACUCCUCCCGAUCCGCAAACCCCAGAGCCUCCCCCAGGUACACCAGGAGCCGAUCCACCUCCUCUGGGAAAAGGUCCUCCUCGCGCUCUCCCAGCUAUUCCUCCAAGUCUGGCAAGAGAAGCCCGCCUAACAGGAGCUCUAGGUCGCGCCGCAGCCCAAGCUACUCCCGCUACAGUCCCAGCAGGGAGCGGAACCCCAAGUACAGCGAGAAGGAUUCGCAGCAACGCGAGCGCGAGCGAGCUCGGCGGAGACGUCGGUCCUACUCGCCCAUGCGGAAGCGCCGGAGAGACUCCCCGAGCCACCUGGAGGCGCGGAGGAUAACGAGUGCCCGGAAACGCCCCAUCCCGUACUACCGGCCCAGCCCCUCUUCUUCCAGCGGCCUCAGCAGCACCUCCUCCUGGUACAGCAGCAGCAGCAGCCGCUCAGCCAGCCGAAGCUACUCCCGGAGCCGCAGCCGCAGCCGAAGCCGGAGCAGGACCCUCACUAGCAGCAGCUGCAGCUCCCGCAGCCCCAGCCUGGGCUCCCGGAGCCGGAGCCGGAGCCGGAGUCGAAGUCGGAGUGGGAGCUACAGCUCAGCAGACAGCUACUCCAGCACAAGGCGCUAA